GAGGAAGGAGAGAAAAUGGCGUCGACGGAUUAUAGCACAUAUAGCCAAGCUGCAGCCCAGCAGGGCUACAGCGCAUAUGCAGCUCAACCAGCUCAAGGAUAUGCACAGACCACCCAGACCUAUGGGCAACAGAGUUAUGGAACUUAUGGACAACCUACUGAUGUCAGCUACACACAGGCUCAGACAACUGCAACAUAUGGGCAGACUGCGUAUGCAACUUCUUAUGGGCAGCCUCCAACUGGUUAUACUACCCCAACUGCCCCUCCAGCUUAUAGUCAGCCUGUCCAGGGAUAUGGCACAGCUGCCUAUGAUACUACAACAGCUACAGUUACCACCACCCAGGCUUCUUAUGCAGCACAGUCCCCGUAUGGCACCCAGCCUGCCUACCCAACCUAUGGGCAGCAACCAGCAACAUCUGCACCUGCAAGACCCCAGGAUGGCAGCAAGCCAGUGGAGACUAGCCAGCCUCAGUCAAGUACAGCAGGCUACAGCCAGCCCAGCCUAGGAUACGGACAGAGUAACUACAGUUAUCCUCAGGUGCCUGGCAGUUACCCUAUGCAGCCAGUCACUGCACCUCCAUCCUAUCCUCCUACAAGCUAUUCAUCUACACAGCCAAGUAGCUAUGAUCAGAGCACUUACUCACAGCAGAGUUCCUAUGGGCAGCCAAGUACCUAUGGUCAACAGACAAGCUACGGUCAGCAAAGCAGUUAUGGGCAGCAACCACCCACUAGUUAUCCACCUCCAACUGGAUCCUACAGCCAGGCCCCAAGCCAAUAUAGCCAACAGAGUAGCAGCUAUGGCCAACAGAGUUCAUUCCGUCAGGACCAUCCCAGCAGCAUGAAUGUAUAUGGACAAGAAUCUGGAGGUUACUCAGGCCCAGGAGAAAAUCGGAACAUGAGCGGCCCUGAUAACCGGGGCCGGGGACGAGGGGGAUUUGAUCGUGGAGGCAUGAACAGAGGUGGGCGGGGAGGAGGACGCGGUGGAAUGGGCAGCGCUGGAGAGCGAGGUGGCUUCAAUAAGCCUGGUGGACCCAUGGAAGAAGGACCAGAUCUUGAUUUAGGCCCGUCUGUAGACCCUGAUGAAGACUCGGACAACAGUUCAGUGUAUGUACAGGGACUGAAUGACAAUGUGACCCUGGAAGAGCUGGCAGACUUCUUCAAACAAUGUGGUGUUGUCAAGAUGAACAAGAGGACUGGGCAGCCAAUGAUAAAUCUUUAUAUUGAUAAAGAAACUGGAAAACCAAAAGGAGAUGCCACUGUGUCCUAUGAUGACCCUUCAACUGCUAAAGCAGCUAUAGAGUGGUUUGAUGGAAAAGAUUUCCAGGGGAACAAACUCAAAGUUACUCUCACAAGGAAGAAGCCACCAAUGAAUAGUAUGAGAGGUGGGAUGCCCCAACGUGAACAACGUGGAAUGCCUCCCCCGCUCCGUGGAGGUCUAUCAGGUCCUGGUGGUCCUAGUGGUCCCAUGGGCCGUAUGGGAGGCAGAGGCGGAGACAGAGGUGGCUUUUCCUCAAGGGGACCACGGGGUUCUAGAGGAAACAGCUCUGGUGGGAAUGUCCAGCAUCGAGCUGGAGACUGGCAGUGCCCCAAUCCGGGAUGUGGAAACCAGAACUUUGCUUGGAGAACAGAGUGUAAUCAGUGCAAGGCUCCUAAACCAGAAGGCUUUCUUCCACCACCCUUUCCACCUCCAGGUGGAGAUCGUGGCAGAGGUGGCCCUGGUGGUAUGAGAGGAGGAAGAGGAGGCCUCAUGGAUCGUGGUGGUCCUGGAGGAAUGUUCAGAGGUGGACGUGGUGGAGAUAGAGGCGGUUUUAGAGGUGGCCGGGGUAUGGAUCGAGGUGGAUUUGGAGGCGGUGGUGGAGGAGGUGGCCGGCGAGGAGGACCUGGAGGCCCACCUGGACCUCUCAUGGAGCAAAUGGGAGGUGGCGGCAGAGGCGGCAGGCGUGGAGGACCAGGAAAAAUGGACAAGGGUGAGCAUCGUCAGGAGCGCAGAGACCGGCCCUACUAGAGGCAAAAACCCUGCAGAGCUGCAUUUACUACCAGAUUUAUUUUUUAAACCAGAAAAUGUUUUAAAUUUAUAAUUCCAUAUUUAUAAUGUUGGUCACAACAUUAUGAUUAUUCCUUGUCUGUACUUUAGUAUUUUUCACCAUUUGUGGAGAAACAUUAAAACAAGGUUAAAUGGUA